GGCGCUUUAUAAUCUCUGUAGAAAAACAGCAAACACACUGGCAACAACGUGAUUCAGUAUCAUCGCAUCUGAAAGCAAGAAACACAACUACACACCGUUAGUUUGCCAUCGUUCGUCAUUACUGUUACACAUGUAUCACAGUGUGUCAGUUCAUCUGCGCGCCGCUGCUGCACGAGACACUCGGACGCUUUUUCCUCUCAUCAGACGCGUUUGAGGACGAACAAUGAAAACAUGACGCUUCCAGAUUAAACUCAUUACACAGAAGAAACUUAAGUAACACAAGAUAGAGUCACAGAAAGCGAAGUUCAUGGCGUUUUUAGUGAAGAAGAAAAAGUUUAAGUUUCAGACUCACGUUAUUCUGGAGGAGCUGACGGCUGUGCCCUUUGUCAAUGGAGUUUUAUUCUGCAAGAUCAGACUGUUAGACGGAGAUUUUACAGCUUCAUCUUCAAGAGAAGAAGUCCACGAGAACUCGGUCAGAUGGAGAAAGAGGUUCUCCUUUGUAUGCAAGUUGAGCGCCAAUCCUAACACCGGUGUCCUGGACCCCUGUAUGUGUCGAGUCUCUGUACGAAAGGAACUCAAAGGAGGAAAAGCAUAUUCAAAAUUGGGCUUUGCCGAUCUGAAUAUGGCAGAAUUUGCUGGUUCUGGCUCCAUCGCACGCUGCUGUCUGCUGGAGGGAUACGACACCAAAAACACACGACAGGACAACUCGAUCCUAAAGGUGACCAUUGGAAUGACCCUCUUAUCUGGAGAUCCGUGUUUUAAAACGCCACCAAGCACAGCCAAAUGUAUAUCAGUGGCAGGUCAAGAUCAUUCGCUUCAGCCGGGCUGUAAAGGGGAGGGGACCUCUGAUGUCAUAUCAUCACGACUGACCAAACCGAGAGUCAGUUCUGGACUUUCUGAGGAGGCAGAUCAGAGUCUAGAUGAAUCGUUUCACACGGGUCAUUCACGUAACUCAAGUUAUGCCAGUCAACAGAGCAAACUGUCAGGUUACAGCACAGAACAUUCAUGUUCCUCCAGUUUGUCUGAUUUAACCCAUCGUAGGAACACGUCUACAGGCAGUAGUGUGAGCGCAGACCCUCCCACCGAGACCGACAACCGUCCUGAUCGACCUCCGAGACCACCACGACCUAUAUUACCCUCCAACAGACCUCUACGGAGGAAACAGGACUCGGUGGAGGAUCACCCAUCCUGGGUUAAUGACACACGUAUAGACGCAGAUGAUAUUGUGGAGAAAAUCGUUCAGAGCCAAAACUUUUCUGAUAUCAGUAACAAUGAAGACAGUAACCUGAGACUGUUCGUAAGCAAAGAUGGAACGACAGCGCUGAGUGGCAUCCAGCUGGGAAACAGGGUCUCUGCUGGUGUGUAUGAGCCUGUGGUCAUUGAAAGCCAUUAGAUUUCGACAGGUUCUGGAGACUUGACGGUGUGCCAAACCACUUUUUUGUCAUCUCCAGGAGUCAACUGAGCUGUUUGUUUGUUAUCAGUGUUGUCUGCUAAUAUUGCACAAUCGAAAAACAUUUUGAAAUAGACUAUGAAAGAUCUCACAGAGUAAAGAUUUUCUCUUAGGUCGGAGAUCUUGAGCCACUAACAUCUUGUUUGUGUGCACAUAUUUGUGUUCGGUUUGACUUGUGUCUGAUAUUUUGCAAAUGUUGAUGUUGCAGUGUCUGCUAAAUGUUAAGAAAAGCAUCAGAUCCUGAUUCUGUAUGAGCUUUUACUGAUGUGUAUCCUGGAGUUUCAGCCGGUCUGAGUACUAUGAAAGGAGGAACGUUGGUCUCGACGUCAUUGUCUCGUCUGUUGUUUUGAAACUAAAUAGGUUCUGCUUUCUAAAUCAGACUUUAUAAUGACCCUGCAGAAAUGGAAAAAAAUAACACGUUGCUGUGCGACACAAUAUUUCCUCACUACAGUGCAGUUUAUUCUAGUGUUAUAAAAAUCAAUUAUUGCACUUUAUGGGGUAAAUCUCAUGAGAACAUGUCCAGGACAUAUUUCCCCCAACAUCUACAGAAAACAUUAACAUAUAUUUAGUUUAAAAGAAUAUUUUGCAUUUGUGUCAAUUAAACGGAACAGACUUCAUUUUCUUUAAGUAGUACAUUUAUUUAUUUUGGGGUGACAUGUGAUCCAGAUAUGAUUUUAUAUUAGAUUGCCUCUUACACCCCAAUACUUUUUGGUGGCCAAACAGCAUUUAUAUCAUUUUUUUAUAAUUACAUUUAUUGGAACAGAAUUUAAAGGGAUAGUUCAACCAAAAAUGAAAAUUCUGUCAUCAUUUUCUCAUCCUCAUGUUGUUCUAAACCGGUAUGAAUUUUUCUUCACUGAAAAAAUGAUUCAUUCAAUUUACUUAUUUUUUUUAAGGUAAGUGGUUGCAAUCAAUUUAUUUAAGCUACAUUUAAAUAUUUUUUUUAAUUUUUAUUGUUUAAAUGUAGCUUAAAUAAAUUGAUUGCAACCACUUACUUUAAAAAAAUGAGUAAAUUGAAUGAAUACUUUUUUCCAGUUUUUCUGACACAAAAGAAGAUAUUUUGAUAAAUGAUGGUAAACACACAGCUGAUUGUAACCAUUGACUUCCAUAGUAGGAAAAACAAAUAUGAUGGAAUUCAAUGGGCAUCGUCAACAGUGUACUUACCAUCAUUUAUCAAAAUAUCUUUUUCAUCAUUUAUCACAAUACUUCUAUAUUAUUUGAUUUCCUACUAUGGAAGUCAAUGGUUACAAUCAGCUGUGUGCUCACCAUCAUUUAUCAAAAUAUCUUCUUUUUCGUUAAUCAGAAAAAAAUUAAUACAGGUUUUAAACAACAUGAGGAUGAAAAAAUUAUGACAGAAUUUUAAUUUUUGGUGAACUAUCCCUUUAAUGUCACUGUAAAUACAGUCAGGGCUGGUCCAAUGGCUGUUUAAUUCUUCAGUUUAUCUUUUAAAUGACUUCAGUCACUCACUGCUGGUGAAUCUCAUUAAAUCGACCUCAUGACAUUAUUUUUUACAAAUUUUUCCAGUAUGCAGAAACUCACCCAUCGCCCGUUCUCCAAUACCAGCUGGCUGGUUAUUCUCCUUUACAGAAAUUAAAUGUUUUUGUGUUGGCGUUUUUGAGGUGUCUUGUACCUGGAAAACUGUGAUUCGUGUGUGCGGUGCCGUCUGUAUGAACCGAGUGCUUGUAGAAAUCUUUUGACUGCUUUAUUCAAAGCACAGUGUUUUAUUCCUUUAAGAGUAGAUGAUUGUUUCUUGUAAUGUGAAUAUCACUUGGAAACAUUUGAAUCGUUUUGAAGUCUUUAUUAGAUCAUUCAUGAUGCACUAAACUUUAGCACAAAACACGGUCACAAAGUGCAAUGAACUCGUUCUUUACAUCAUAAGCAGAAUGACGUUCAUCUGUUCGGCACCUAACGCAGAUCUUUUGUUUUUAUUUUAACUUUUGUCUGAAGUGAACAAUAUGCACAACCUCUGCAUAUAUCCUGCAAAUAAGCUAACAUUUUAAUACUAUGUUCAUAAGAUAGACAUAUAACUUAACACAGAUCUAUAAUUUUAACGAAAUUCACUUUUAUUUCCAAGUAGUGCACUAUUUUUGUGAAUCUCAACUGUGUUUUUAAUCAAUAAAGUUUAACAAACUUUCAAAAACAA